AUGAUGGGCAAGAGGACCUACAAUCAACAGGAGCUAGACGCUUAUUUCUCCCGUAUUGCGCUUCCAGCCAGGCACCAAAAACAAGAUGUGUCUGCGUGGACGCCUCAGGAGCAGUUACAAUACCUGGGCCUACUUCAAAAGCAUCAGGUCAUGACCGUUCCGUUUGAAAAUCUCGAUCUUCAUUAUUCAUGGAACCGGGUUAUUCACCUAGGCGCUGAUCACCUCUUCCGGAAAAUCGUGUUGAGUCCGGGCCGGGGAGGCUACUGCAUGGAGAACAAUUCGCUCUUUCACUUUGUGCUUUUGUCUCUAGGGUUCAAAGCCUACAUGGUCAGCGCGCGAGUAUACGAUAGCGCCAAAUCAUCGUACGGAGGCUUUACACACUGUCUAAACAUUGUCAGAAUCGGUGACUUGAGUUACGGCGUCGAUGUCUGCUUUGGAUCGCAUGUGCCUGUGCAUCCGUUCAAGCUAACGGAAGGCUUGGUGCAGCAGCAUCUGCCACCAGGCCAACUCAGAUUACGGUACGACUCGCUGCCUGGUGGGCUCUCAGCACAGAAGCUAUGGAUAUACGAGCAAAGGAUCACCGAUACAUCGGCUUGGUCACCAUUCUACUGCUUUGCCGAUUUUGAAAUCUUGCCUCCUGACUUGGCGGUGAUGAAUCUAUGGCCGUCUAAGCAACCCUCAAGUUUCUUCACGUACAAAGUGAUGCUUGUGCGAUUCACAACAGAGGAUGAGUUUUACUACCCAAGCCUCGAUGAAGAGCUCAACACUCCGCCUAUCCCUGGGGCUAGAGCUGGCGAUAUUGAUGGGCAGCUGAUACUGGAUGGACACACUAUGAAAUGGCGGAAGCAAGGUAUUAAGCAAUGGGAGAUUGUUUUGAAGAGCGAGACGGAGCGAAUUCAGGCCCUGAAGACGUGGUUCAACAUCAGUUUAUGUACAGAUGAGCAGAAUGCGGUCCUUGGAACAGCGGCAGCAAUAUCUUGA